GGCAAUGGCAGCUACCUGUGUCCUCCUGAAUACUGGACAGAAGAUGCCUCUGAUCGGACUGGGUACCUGGAAGAGUGAGCCUGGCCAGGUGAAAGCAGCUAUUAAGUAUGCCCUGAGUGUUGGCUACCGCCAUAUUGACUGUGCUGCAAUUUAUGGCAAUGAGAUUGAGAUCGGAGAGGCCCUGAAGGAAAAUGUGGGACCUGGCAAGGCAAUACCACGAGAGGAGUUGUUUGUGACAUCCAAGUUGUGGAAUACCAAACACCACCCUGAGGAUGUGGAGCCUGCCCUUCGGAAGACUCUGGCUGACCUCCAGCUGGAGUAUUUGGACCUGUACCUGAUACACUGGCCUUAUGCCUUUGAGCAAGGAGACAACCCCUUCCCUAAGAAUGCAGAUGGGACUAUACGCUAUGACUCCAUCCACUACAAGGAGACCUGGAAGGCUCUAGAGUCAAUGGUGGCCAAAGGGCUGGUGCGGGCGCUGGGCCUGUCCAACUUCAGCAGCCGGCAGAUCGAUGAUGUGCUCAGUGUGGCCUCUGUACGCCCUGCUGUUCUGCAGGUGGAAUGCCACCCAUACCUGGCUCAGAAUGAGCUGAUUGCUCACUGCCAUGCCUGUGGUCUGGAGGUGACUGCUUAUAGCCCUCUGGGCUCCUCUGAUCGUGCUUGGCGGGAUCCUAAUGAGCCUGUCUUGCUUGAGGACCCCGUGGUCCUGGCACUGGCUAAAAAGUAUGCCCGGUCUCCAGCUCAGAUCUUGCUCAGGUGGCAGGUCCAGCGGAAAGUGAUCUGCAUCCCCAAGAGUGUCACUCCUUCCAGAAUUCUUCAGAACAUUCAGGUGUUUGAAUUCACCUUCAGCCCUGAAGAGAUGAAGCAGUUAAAUGCUUUGAACAAAAAUUGGCGAUACAUCGUGCCCAUGCUUACGGUUGAUGGAAAACGGGUCCCAAGAGAUGCAGGGCAUGCUCUGUACCCUUUUAAUGACCCAUACUGAGGCCACAGCUUCUUGGUGUCCCUUCCAGUCCUCCAGCUAUGAAGUCCUGAUAUCUCCGGAAAGGAAGUUAUUAAAGCUGUUGGAGCAU